CACCAUGAAUAGCAGUAACAAUUCAACUACAACAGAUCCCCAAACAGAAAUUCCUGGCGCCUUAGUGUCGGACACAACAGUAUCGCCGGAAAAGUUGAUAUCAUCAUUUCCCACAAAAUCGCUAACAUCACUAAUACAGAAAAUAUCCAGUCCACGAUGGGUUGUACCCGUUUUGCCCGAACAAGAAUUGGAGGUAUUAUUGAAUGCUGCCAUACAACUAACAGCUGCUGGUGUCGACCACGACUGUGAACCAUGCGUUGAAUUUUAUCGCAACGCCCUGACCACAUCAUUUACCAAAAUUCUCACAGACGAGGCUGUCAACUCAUGGAAAUAUGCCAUACAUCAUUGUAUUCUGAUCUCCUGCGGCAAGCUAUUGCAUCUGAUUGCCAUUCAUAUGACUCGCGACAAUCCAUAUUUGUUGGAUUUAUUGGCGUUGGUCUUUGAUCCGGAAAAUAAAUACAAUACCUUUAAUGCAGCCCGCCAGCCGGAAUGUUUUACACCACCCGAAUGUCUGUGGGGUGUGCUGGAUGGUAAUAAAAUGUUUGCCAAAUCACCACCCGAGCCUAAAAAUCCACGUGGCUGGUUGGUGGAUUUGAUAAAUCGUUUUGGUCAACUCAAGGGUUUCGAUAAUCUACAAGAACGUUUCAAUCGUGGCCUUGUCCUAUUGCGUAAACAGCAGGAACAACAAGCUGCCGCUGUGGCAUCGGGUUGUGCCAAACCCACAGGAUCACGGGCAAUGCUACAACCAGAUCCAGAACAGGAGAAUAAGUUGACAUUGGCAUUAAUCUAUAGUUUGUUGCGUCCCUUUGGCCAAUGUUAUGAACUACUGACUCCGGCCACAAUUUCCAAAUAUUUUAUGCCCAUAUGGAAGGUGGUUUUGGAUCUGCUCGACAGCUUCUCCGAUGAGGAGUUGAAACGUGAAGCCAAACCCGAAGGACGCAAUGACUAUAUAAAUGGUAUUGUCAAAUCGGCACGGUAUUUGGCUAGCCGCCUGCCUGGCCAAGAGGAGUUGAUACGAAAUUUGGAAAUGUUUCGCUUGAAAAUGAUACUCAGACUGCUGCAGGUGUCCAGUUUUAAUGGCAAAAUGAAUGCCCUCAAUGAGAUUAAUAAGGUGUUGACAUCGGUGUCGUACUAUUCACAUAGGACACCACAAUUGCCGCACUGCAUGUCCGAUGAUGAUUUGGAUUGGUUGACAGCGGAAAGAAUGGCGGCCUGGAUCAAAGAAUCCGAUGUCUUGGGCAUUGUCCUCAAAGAUUCCCUACAUCAGCCACAAUAUGUAGAGAAAUUGGAAAAAAUCAUUCGAUUUUUAAUCAAAGAACAUGCUUUGACCCUCGAAGACUUGGAUGCCGUGUGGAAAGCCCAGGCUGGCAAGCAUGAAGCCAUUGUUAAGAAUGUGCAUGAUUUAUUGGCGAAAUUAGCAUGGGAUUUUACACCAGAACAAUUGGAUCAUUUGUUUGAAUCAUUCCAGGCCAGCAUGACAACGGCUAAUAAACGACAACGCGAACGACUUUUAGAAUUAAUUCGACGCCUAGCAGAGGAUGAUAAAAACGGUGUUAUGGCACAAAAAGUGCUGAAACUUUUCUGGACACUGGCCCACAGUCAGGAGAUACAGCCGGAAGUUUUAGAUCAAGCCUUGGCGGCUCAUGUCAAAAUUCUCGAUUAUAGUUGUUCACAGGAACGUGAUGCACAAAAAAUCGUCUGGCUAGAAAAAUGUGUUACCGAGUUGAAAACCGGCGAGUCAUGGGUCCUCCCCGCACUGCGUCUUAUUAGAGAAAUCUGUUGUCUCUAUGAAUCAUCACCAAGCCAUGCACCGCGUUCACAACAAUCGCUCAAUCGUCAGCAGGUCAUCGAACGGCUACAAAAUGAAUAUUCGCUGGUGAUUCUUGUUACCAAUAGUCUCACCUCGUAUAUGGAUAAAAUACGCUACAUGCUGGCCGAAAUGUCCAAUGUGGAUCCGGCCACACUGUGCAUAGAUGGACGAUUUCCACACAAUAUGCAAAUAUCGGAACGUUUGGAUUUUUUAAAAUUCCUAUUGAAAGAUGGCCAGCUGUGGCUGUGUGCCGAUCAGGCCAAACAGAUAUGGCAUUGUUUGGCCGUCAAUGCCGUGUUCCCCUCCGAUCGUGAGGAAUGUUUCCGCUGGUUCGGCAAACUAAUGGGCGAAGAACCGGACUUGGAUCCCGGUAUAAAUAAGGAUUUCUUUGAGAAUAACAUUCUGCAAUUGGAUCCACAUCUACUCACAGAAUCGGGCAUCAAAUGCUUCGAACGAUUCUUUAAAGCUGUUAAUUCCAAAGAGGAUAAACUGAAGGCCAUACAUCGUGGCUAUAUUUUGGACAAUGAAGAUCUAAUUGGCAAGGACUACUUGUGGCGGGUGAUAACCACCGGAGGUGAGGAGAUUGCCAACAAGGCCAUUGAUUUACUUAAGGAAGUGUCGACGGCAUUGGGGCCGCGUUUACAGGAGAACAUUAGUGAUUUCCAUGAAAUGUUUAUUGGCGAAUGUUGUGAACGGCUGCGUACCCACUACUCGAACAUCUUGAUACUGGGGGGCAAGUCAUUGGGCGGUGGUGGUGGUAAUGUAGAGGUCUCUACCGAUGACAACAAUCAGGCCGAUCAAAAUGAUUCUAAAGAUUCUAAAAUGCGCUUCAUCGAGGCGGAGAAAAUGUGCCGAAUUCUAAAAGUUCUACAGGAAUACAUCAAGGAGUGCGAUCGUUCAUUUAAUGGUGAUCGCACUAUGCUGCCAUUGGUCCGGGCAACCCGUGGUAAAUUUACUAGUCUUUAUAUACGUUUUCAAAAUCCUGGACGUCCCAUAGAUGACAUUGAGAUAACCACCCACAACAAUGAAAUGGUCUCGUCAUUUAAACGUAAUCUACUGAAACGGAUUAAGGGCACAUCCACGGCCAACAUCAAAGUGGAUUUGCAUUAUAACAAUGGCGAAUUGAUUGAGAUAGGCGAUGAAAUAAAUCCCCUAUCGCACUAUUCGAUAAGGGAUAAAAUGAUACUGACCGCCAAGUUGACACCAAUUGGUGCCGGUUUGGCCAGCAGUCCAGACACCUCUAGUGAUUCGAGUACCGGUUCACCGCCGCGACCAUGCCCCGAUAUGUCACGUGUCGAAUCGGAAAGCACCCUACCGGGUGUUAUUAUUUCACAAAAUUUCCAAUAUAUAGAAUUUUUUCUCAAGCUCUAUCAGUUGGGUAGCGACUUGGAACAUGGCCGUCUAAGGGAAAGUGCUAAAAUGUUGUUGCAUUUAUUGCCAUGUGAUCGGCAGACGGUGAAAAUGUUACAGAUAAUGUGUGGAAUGCCGGAAUCUGUGGUGUUGGGUAGUGGUGGUGGGAAUGUGGCCGCCUUACCAGUGUCGGGUAAUAAUGGCUCAAAUAAUGUUGUAACCAAAGAUGAUGAGACAACAAGUGGUGGUGGAGGUGUUGGGAUCAACCCCCAGGAUUGCACUCCCGAAAUGCUAUUUUUACAUCCCACCCCAGCUCAGGUUCACUACAACCUCUGUGUGCUUAAUAGCCUGCUGAUUCCUGCUCUCGAGCCAUUCGGUGAAAAUGCUUUACUUAUACAAUCGUCAUGGCUGCAUUCAGGUUGUGCCCAUUUCAUAUUGGAACUGUUGACCAAAAACAACUUCUUACCCAAUGCCGAUAUGCACACGAAGCGGGCCUCAUUCCAGUGUGUAUUGCGUUUGGCCAAAUUAUUCCUGUACAUUGUGGGCUGUGUACUGUCCCGUGUGGGCGAUGAACCGACCCUGUGCGAAUACGACGUUGGCUCCCGAUCCCAGGUGGAUAUUCUAAAACAAAUCUUAACCUCAAUACCAAAUACCUCAGAGAUUACUUUAAGAGCCAUCUCACAGAAAUUGGCUGAGAACUUAGCUAGUGAAAUGUUAUCGGCUAGUCCUGAGGGUGAACGUUGCCGUGUUCUGUUCGCCAGCACCCUGCAAUGGGCCUGCCCAGAUAUAUCGACAAUUAAGGCUGUGGUGCAAUUAGCCUGGGCCUCGUCAUGUGGCAAUCUACAGGCAUUGGGCACAAAGAAUGAUUUUGCCGAUGACAACUCCACGCCGGAUAGUCAAGAUUUUAUGGUUUGUAAGGAGGCUUUAGAGGUUCUGACCAUUUCGUUGGUUCUCAAUCCAAGUGCCAAUGAGGCGCUGAAUGCAGAUCCGCUGUGGCCGAAAUUUAUAACUUCGCUGAUAUUGAAAAAUCAAUCGCGACAUGUACGCCAGGUGGCUGCCGAACAGUUGUUCUUGACAUGCACCUAUUGUGCCGGCGAUAGAAGACCCUUUGCCUAUAUGGUAAACUUGCUGGUUAGUUCGUUGAAAACAUUGGUACCCCAACAUGAGGCCACCUGUGCUGAUUUCUUCCAAUUGCUAUGUCGUACAUUGUCCUAUGGCUGUUUGGUCAAUUGGCCAUUGAAUAUCGGUGAAGGCCUGCUGGCGGAGGAAAUCAAAUGGUUGCAAAAGAUACGUGAAAAUGUAACCACAACCGGUGAUAUACAGGUCCACGAAGAUCUGCUGGAAGGUCAUUUGUGUUUAGCCAAGGAAUUGAUGUCUUUCCUGAUGCCCGAAACCAAGGCCCAACUGAACGAUUUGAUACACGAGCUAAUCGAUGCAUUCUUGUUCACUGCGUCCAGGGAGUAUUUGCAUUUACGUAAAACUGGUAAAUUGAAAACUGAAACUGCCCCUCCUCCGGUGUGUCGUAGUCCACAUACAAUAGCAGCUGCCUGUGAAUUAUUGAUAGCAUUAUGUCAGAAUUGCGUUCCUAAUAUGAAAUUAUUAACGAAUACUCUAAUAGAUUUUGUGUGUACAGAUACCGAUCCCUUACGUGAAUGGGAUUACUUGCCACCCGUGGGUCCCCGACCAGCCAAGGGUUUUUGUGGUUUGAAAAAUGCCGGUGCCACGUGCUAUAUGAAUUCGGUGUUACAACAACUGUAUAUGGUACCCUCGAUACGUGUGGGUAUUUUAAAAGCCGAGGGCGCAGCCACCAACGAAAAUGAAGAUUUUAGCGGUGAACCAGAAGCGAAUGUCAUGGGUGGUGGUAGUUCCGUUGCCGGUUCAGCUCUAUUCAAUUCCAAUAAUGAUGACAACAAUGAUUCGCGUAAAAAUUAUCAUGUCGUCAUCCUGAAACAUGUACAGGCCAUUUUUGCCCAUUUGGGACAUAGUGCAUUACAGUUUUAUGUGCCACGCGGAUUGUGGACACAUUUUAAACUCCAAGGUGAACCGGUAAAUCUACGUGAACAACAAGAUGCUGUGGAAUUUUUCAUGUCUCUGUUCGAAAGUCUAGAUGAGGGUCUCAAGGCCCUGGGCCACACCCAGCUAAUGAAUGCCACACUCGGUGGUUCGUUUAGUGAUCAGAAAAUCUGUCAAGAAUGUCCUCACCGUUAUUCGAAAGAAGAACCCUUCAGCGUCUUCAGUGUGGAUAUACGGAAUCAUAGUUCAUUAACUGAAUCUCUAGAGCAGUACGUUAAAGGUGAACUCUUGGAGGGCGCUGAUGCAUACCAUUGUGAUAAAUGUGAUAAGAAAGUAGUUACAAUUAAGCGGUUAUGUGUAAAGAAAUUACCGCCCGUAUUAGCCAUACAAUUGAAACGUUUUGAAUAUGAUUACGAGCGUGUGUGUGCGAUUAAAUUUAAUGAUUACUUUGAAUUUCCAAGACUUUUAGAUAUGGAGCCCUAUACAGUAUCUGGCCUAGCCAAACUUGAGGGCGAAGUAAUCGAGGUUGGUGAUAAUUGCCAAUCGAAUGAUGAAUGUACCAAAUACGAAUUGACUGGUAUUGUUGUGCACAGUGGUCAGGCAUCGGGUGGCCAUUAUUUCAGUUACAUUCUAUCAAAGAAUCCCUCCACUGGCAAAGAACAAUGGUAUAAAUUCGAUGAUGGCGAAGUAACCGAAUGUAAAAUGAACGAAGACGAAGAAAUGAAGGCGCAAUGCUUUGGCGGCGAAUAUAUGGGCGAAAUAUACGAUAGCAAUUUGAAACGUAUGCAAUAUCGUCGUCAGAAACGUUGGUGGAAUGCCUAUAUGCUAUUUUAUACACGCUGUGAUCAGAAACCAAUACAAUUUGAACCGAGUGUAGAACAGCUUUCAUUAGCCGAAAGUCGUAAUUUUGUAUUGCCAUUGCCAAAACCGAUUGAACGGAGUGUUAGGAAUCAGAAUAUACGUUUCUUGCAUUCAAGAAGUAUAUUUUCUGUAGAAUUUUUCAAUUUUAUUAAAAAAUUGGUUAGUUGCAGUAUUCCAUCCCUAAGGGCUGAAAAGGUGACCCCCUCCGCUGAAGAACUAUCCCUAUUGGGUGUCCAAUUGGCCUCACAAUUUCUAUUUCAUACCGGUUUUCGUACCAAGAAAACCUUGCGUGGACCAGUCAUUGAAUGGUAUGACACCCUAUCACAUCACAUACGCUAUUCAUCGGCGGUACGCAAAUGGUUUGCCAGCAAUGCAUUACUUAGUCCACCAACCCGUCUGGGCGAAUACAUUUUAAUAGCACCCUCGCCCGAAGUUCGUACUGUUAUUGUUAAAUUAGUUGUAUUCUUUUGUCAUUUUGCCAUCAAUGAUGAGCCGCUGGCUGGCUAUGAGGGCAAUAAUUUAUGUGAACAAAUUCUCAUAAGUGUUCUUAAGUUAUUAAAAUGUGAAGUAGCAGAUCAUGGUAAACAUUUGCCACACUAUUUUAGUUUAUUUAGCAUGUAUGUUGGUUUAGGCAUACAGGAGAAGCAACAACUUUUAAAGUUAAAUGUUCCCGUUAUAUUUAUGCAAGUGGCUUUGGAUGAGGGACCUGGUCCUUCAAUAAAAUAUCAAUAUCCCGAAUUGAGUAAACUACAUCAAGUUGUAUCACAAUUAAUACGCUGCAGUGAUAUAUCCGAUAAAUGUCAAUCAUCAAAUGCCCAGGGAAGACCGCUACCGAAUCCUUAUAAAGAUCCCAGUAUAAGUCAUGAAGAUUUAAUGCCUUUAUCACCAGAAUGUGUUGAUAUCUUGUUCAAUAGGACGGGUUACAUUAAAAAACUCAUCGAAGACACAAAUGUGGGCGAGGAGGGUCUCAAACUUUUGCAGUAUUGUAGUUGGGAAAAUCCCCAUUUCUCUCGUGCCGUUCUCACUGAACUGUUGUGGCAAUGCGGUUUUGCCUAUUGUCACGAUAUGCGCCACCACACUGAAUUGCUGUUACACAUUUUGCUAAUCGAAGAUUCGUGGCAACAUCAUCGCAUCCAUAACGCUUUGAAUGGUGUGGCCGAGGAACGGGAGGGCCUCUUAGAGACAAUACAACGCUCGAAGACACACUAUCAAAAGCGGGCCUAUCAAAUCAUCAAGUGUCUUACCCAGCUGUUCCAUAAAUCAUCUGUGGCAUUACAAAUGUUAAAUUCCAAUCCAUCGGUUAGUAGACAUUGGAUAAUUGCCGUGGAAUGGCUACAGGAUGAAUUGGAUCGUCAGCGUGGCAUUGGAUGCCAGUAUAAUUCGUAUUCGUGGUCACCACCGGCUCAAAGUAAUGACAACACAAAUGGCUAUAUGUUGGAGAGGUCACAUUCGGCAAAGAAUACCUGGUCGAUGGCAUAUGAAUUGUGUCCCGAGGAGGAACAAGAAGAAACCAAUGAAUCCGAUGCUGAAACCAAUGAAGAAACCCAAAGACAACAACAGCAGCAACAAUCGCAACAACAACCACAAAAUACAAUCAAAUCGUCAACUGGUGGCGUCGUCGGCACCACUAAUGAAAAGGAACCAGAUUUGAAUAUAAUUGCCGAUUUGAUUAGUAAAAAUAUGACAUUAGAAGAAGAACAGCAGCAGCAACAAGAAAAACAAAAACAACUGAUGAUUUCUCGAAAUGCACCAAAUGUCAAAAAACUAUUGGUUGGGGUUCCACCAGGUGGAUCUAGUGGCGGUGAAUGGAUGGGUAGCGGUAGCAAUGUUACCAAUACAUUUGUUAACACCGGUAGUGGUGGUGACACCAAAUCAAAUGUUGAUAAUUCCACAACAUCGACAACAGCAACAACGGGGUCGCCAUCCUCCUCAACGAUGGCCGUCGUGACUGAAACUCAAACGGAAUUAUUUAAUAUAAAUGGUUUAACUAGCACCUUGAAACAUUUGUCUCUAUCGCCAAAAACGCGUUCAAUGGGCAACAGUAAACAGCAACAACUUCAACAACAUCUUCAUCAACAACAAUUACAGCAACAUCAACAACAAUUAUUACUCCAACAACAACAGCAACAACAACAACAGAAACAACAACGCGGUAACACUUCAAGCCGUUUAGUAUGAUUUGCUGUGCCAAUCCGUCAGCGGCGUCAUUAGCAACACGGAUAUGCCAACAACCACAGCAACAAAUAUCAUGAC